AUGUCUUCGGCAUCGCCCGAGGUCAUGGAUAUUACAAACAUGCUGAACAACAAAGGAGGUGCCAUGGCACAUGGACUUGGUGGAAGCAUGCCCGAUCACCACCAACAGCAUCAUCACCUCGGCCUCGUCAAACAUGAGUCUGCGCUGGACCGGUCAGGAUCACCGCACAUGUCUGAGCAUUCUUCUUACUCGGCGCACAGCAUGCCUCGCGCCUAUCCUUCGCCAACCGCCAUGCAGACUCCUAUGCAGAUGCAAAACCACAUGCACAAUGCUAUGCAGAUGGGAGGCUUCACAGACAUGUCCGGCAUGGGAAGUGUACCAAGCAUGGCUAUGCAUCACAUGCCUCAGCAGCCCCAGCAACAGCAGGCUCCCACAGCACCUGUCAAAGCAUACCCCUGCAGUACCUGCGGUAAAGGUUUUGCCAGAAGAAGUGACCUGGCGCGCCAUGAGCGUAUUCACACCGGAGUCAGACCUCACGUUUGUGACUACCCCAAGUGCCACAAGGGAUUCAUCCAAAGAUCUGCUCUUACUGUUCACCAGAGAGUGCACACUGGUGAGAAGCCGCAUCGUUGUGAGACUUGCGCCAAGCUUUUCAGCGACAGCAGCUCCCUGGCUCGACACCGAAGAACUCAUUCGGGAACUCGUCCUUACAAGUGCCCCUACGCCGAUUGCCAAAAGACUUUUACGAGGCGCACCACCCUCACACGUCAUCAGAACCAGCACACCGGUACUAUCGAAGAGGCUGCGGCGGCUACCGCGGCAGCACUUGCAGCUUCCAGGGUCAAAAACGGAAGCCAGGCUCGCUCCGACGGCGACCACAUGUCUAAUCAAGGCUCUCCCCUGACAACACCAUCGCCCAACCAUCACGCCAUGAUGUCUCCGGCCAUGGACCUCUCUGGAGCCAACGGCCUCGGCCGACACCAGGCGGACUUUACUCAGUACAUGACACAGGGCGGCACUCUUCCUCCUCAUUUGCGCGUGGGCAGCCCGACUUCGACCAACUCGGCCGCCAGCUACAACAGCGGUAUCCGACCGACCUCGCACCCUACCGGCUACGGCCCUCCCCCCACCCUGGAGCCCAGCUUGGAGCAACACACGGGUGCCACUGGAAGCGCGGUUGGCAGUCCUCACAUGGCGUCGCAACUUGGCUGGCAAUCUCCUCAUUCUUCUUCCCCAUCUCAACACGGUGGAAGCUACGUCUAUCCCGACCCCGAUGGCUAUCCUCCUAAUCCCUCAAUGAGCCAGAUGUACUACGGCGCACCGCAACAGAUGCGACGACCACAAAGUGCCGAGCCUGGCAUGGUACACAUGUAG